UUCCAGUGAGAAGGUGAAGGAAUUGUUUUGGCGUUCCAACUCGAAGGAGGAAGCAGAUAAUUCCGGGGUGCAAACAAAGUUGCGUCUUUAUCCACCGACCUGUAGACAGACGGCUCAAAUGACUUUAAAGAUUGGAUAACCGCAUGGCAACCAAUCCACAGUAGGCACAGAUGGGCUAUUUUGGCUGAAUCCAUUGAAAUGUAUCUGACGUCAAAUAAAUAUAUCAUUACAACGACAACAAAGCAGCGAGGGGGGGGGCUCAGAUUAGGAUGAUGAGCGAUGAUGGCACCCGAGACUUACCACUGGCAGUUACGCGAUUGAGUGGGACAGACGACUCAUUAAAUAUAUUAAUGCCAUCCACCCGUCCACGCCCUUCCAACACACAGAGAGAAAGAAAAAAGAAAGGGGGGAGCAAAGAGAUGCAGCAGCAGAGAUAAGAGUCAUCAUUUGCUCAGUACUUUACGCCUUUUGCAGAAGCCAAACAUUAAAGAAAGAGAAUAGCCCAGCUGACCCACAUAAACACACACAUACACACCCCUCCCCCUAUAAAUGCCCUCCAAAUUAGUAUGUUUGGAAUGCGGGCUUAAACCUUGUGCAGUGUUGGUGCGGUGUCACAGCAUGUACUCGCUCCCACUCCAGUAAUGAGCAGAGCUCCGCUUGGUUUUGCCUGAGAGGAAGGGAGAGAAAGCAACCGGGGCAACCUCUUCCUGCUCAUCUCGCCCUCGCGCUCCUUCCGCUGGUUCAGAAUCUUCUGGCGCGUGAUGGAUGCUCACAGCAGAAGCCUCUGCAGCGGCAGCAGCGGCCACGCUUAUUACCAGGGGAAUCAGGAUCAGAUCUCCUUCUUGCUGGGGCACCUUUCGCCCACUUGUUCUUCCUACCCUUCUUCGGACUUCCCACUGGCUGGUGCGGAGGAUGGCUUUGGGGCUGUUGGGUCCUCCCUGCUACAUUCCAGGAUGAAGUCUCCGGAUCAAGAUUUGGACUCUCUUGACUGUGAGAUCGAGGUGUCCGAGGAGCCCCCAAAGCUGGCUCCGGCUCGGACUUCCAGCUCCAAGAGAAACAGGGCUGCAGAAGUGCACAACUUGUCCGAGAAGAGGAGGAGAAGUAGAAUCAAUGAGAAAAUGAAGGCUUUGCAGAGUCUGAUUCCCAAUUCCAGCAAGGUGGUAAAUCAUGUGGCCUUUUUUUAUCUUUUGUCUUUAAUCCAGUUGACAAUUGCCGUUGAAAAUUUGACGCGGUAUGAUUCCUCGUGGAAAAUUUUGUGCUCCAAGCAGACAGACAAGGCUUCGAUGCUUGAUGAGGCCAUCGAAUAUCUCAAGCAAUUACAGCUCCAAGUACAGAUGCUUUCGAUGAGGAACAGCCUAAGUCAACAUCCAAUGUUCUUGUCUGGAGGUUUGCAGCCUUUGCAAGCUUUGCCAAUGGGUAUUGAUUUUGGUCUGGGUGCCAACAGAGCAGUGAACGCUGUAGGCAUGCUGCCCCUAAACCAAGUAUCAUCUGUUCCGAACACGUUUGAUCUGUCACCGUCGUCCAAUCAAUCUGCUUCCAUACCAAGUGUUAUCAAUAUUACUAAGCCAGAGACUCCAGUGGCAAUGGAGCCAUCGCAGUCCCACCAUGGAUCUUUUCUAUUGCCUGUGUCCAUCGAGGAGAUUCUAACACAAGAAAUGAUAACACAACAGCAGCCAGAUACUAGACAUUCUCCAAGGAACCUCACAGGUGAAUCAUCAAAGACUCCACCUCGCUUUUUCAACAUAGAAAAUGAGGUGAAUUCCAUGGCUGCCGAUGCUGCCCAACAUCCCGGAGGGCAAGCAUCAUCCUCAGUGGGUGCAGACCAUGUUGCCGAAUGCAUGUUAGGUAGAGUCAGGUUGCAAGAUGAGCCAUCAGAAAAGGAGGAAUUCAUCCAGCAUUUGCGUCGGUAAUUUCAAAUUUCUGUCACUUUCAUGCCUGGAAAUUUUUGGUGGUGAUUCCUUCAUUCGCUCUGACCUCAACCAGCUUAUAAGCACAGGGAAAAAAUUUCCCCCAGUGCUCAUUGCAAAGAUGCAGUCUCUCAAAGAUUUUGAGGUGCACCAGUUUGGCUGUUGAAUGCUUUGCAAACCCUUAUUAUUUGCACUUGGAAGUUGUAAUGAGGCCUUGACUCGUCCAACCCUUUUGCAAAUGUUUGAUAGAAGUAACCUGGA